AUGGCAGAAUGUAAACCCUUGACUACUCCAGCUGCUGUCACACAAUCCGCCACGCCGUCGACGGAUGAGUUCGAAAAUCCUACACAGUACCGUCGACUAGUAGGGGCUCUACAGUAUCUGACUAUCACCCAACCGGACCUAGCUUACGCGGUCAAUAGGCUGUGUCAGUUCAUGCACACGCCAACGGAUGAACAUUGGGGCUUGCUUAAGAGAGUUCUACGCUACGUCAAGGGGACACAAGAGUACGGCCUACGUCUCACACCGUCAUCUAGCACCGACAUACAUGCUUAUUCAGAUUCAGACUGGGCCGAGUGCCCGGUCGACAGGAAGUCAACCAGUGGCUAUGCAGUCUAUCUUGGUACUAAUUUGGUAUCAUGGUUGUCACGGAAGCAGCGCACCGUGGCACGGUCAUCGACAGAGGCAGAGUACAAGGGCCUUGCAGAUGUUUCGGCAGAGGUCACCUAG